GGGGGGUGGGGUUUGUAUGUAAAGAGAGAGAGGACAAGGAAGGAAGGUCGAAGGAAGGAAGCAGGGGCGAAAUUUCGCUUCCAUUCAUCCGACGGUUGUGACAGCCCCCACUUGGUUAUCUCCAGAUGCUUCGUUGCUACUGUUAAGGUGGCUUUCGUUCACUCACCAGUCCCCCCCUUCCCUUUAAGAGUGGAGCGAGGUUCUUUCUUUUCGAUUUCAGUGCUAUCCGGAUUUAGGAAUAGCCUAUUACCCUUUCUCUCUUUCUUCUUCCGUGACUCUCUUUUGCUUUACUAGGGUUUCAACUUCACUCAGAGGACGCCCCCUUCCCUUCUCUAUUCUCAGUUCAUCCUUCUCUUCAUUCGAUUUGAUAAUCCGAUUCGAUUCGUUUAGCUUGUGUUACCUGAGAAAUUCUGUUCUCUUACAGAUUCUUCCAUUCGUCAAAGGAGAGAGAAUAUGCUUUGGUUCUUCUAUUGAUUCGCGUAUGAUCAAAGUUGCUUGAUUAGAGCUAUUCUCUUGAUGCAUCUUGACGGGUUUAGAAUAACGCCUAUAACACAUAAUAUUCAAAUCCUUUUUAGUUAAUUUCGAAAUCAUCUAUCUCUUAGGAUUCGGAAUUGGAAAAUCGGUGGUAGAAUUCAUCCAGAGUAGAUGAUUAUGGAUCCGUGUCUUGCUGAGCUUUCUACUCCUGGGAACGGAUUCAGAGUCGAUGAUCAGUCUGGUUUCUAUCAAAACAUCGGCAACGGGCUCAAACUUGAGCAGCCCUUUGUUGACCGCAAUUUCAUGGAUCUUCCUCUGCUACCUCCCAACGCAGACACUUUUUCUGUUCCCGCUGUUCCACCUCCAGGCGUUAUCCACGAGGAUGACUGCCCUGAAGACUGCGAUUUCUCCGACGUGGUUCUCAAGUAUAUAAACCAGAUCCUUAUGGAAGAAGACAUGGAAGAGAAGACUUGCAUGUUCCAAGAGUCCUCUGCCCUUCAAGCCGCCGAGAAAUCCUUAUAUGAGGUUCUCGGUCAGAAGUAUCCCCCUUCGCCUGACCGACACCCUCUCUGUUACGAUCACGACGCCGAAAGCCUCGAUGAUUUUUUCACCAGCAGCUCAAGUAAUUCUAACAGCAGUGUUAUUUCUGGUAGCAGCAACACACUGGAUUCGACUUUGAUUACCGAUCUGGGCGAGUACAAGCCCACCAGGACGAAUUUUACCACUGCUGACUAUACCCCUCGGUCCACUUCCUAUUCUCCCCCCUUGGGUUUUUCCAACGGUGUCACCAGCGUUGUAGAUGGAUUCGUGGAGACACCUACGAGUAGAAUUCAGUUUCCUGAU